AUGGUGCGUCCGAUUAAAGUCCGACAGGUUUGGCAAUAUAAUUUGAAGUACGAAUUCAGCUUGAUAUCUCAAGUUCUCCGUCGUUUCCCAUACGCAUCUAUGGAUACCGAAUUCCCAGGAGUAAUCUACCAUCAUCCCGUACUCCAUUAUUCUGCUCUUUCGGCCUCUCAAACCUACUCCAUCAUGAAGAAAAAUGUGGACGAUAUGAAACUUAUCCAAUUCGGCCUCACAUUGUCCGAUGCAGAGGGCAAUCUCCCCGAUUUUGGGACUCCAUAUUGCUAUGUAUGGGAGUUUAACUUCUGCGAAUUUGAUGUUGACAAAGAUCUCCAAAACCCAGAUUCUAUCGCGUUGCUCAAGCGCCAAGGCAUUGAUUUCUCAAAGAACAAGAAAAUAGGAAUACAUGCCUUUCACUUUGCCACGCUGUUUAUGGCAUCUGGACUUUCAGUGGCUCCGACAUGGGUAAAUCAGAAUAGGACAUGGGUAACUUUUCAUAGCACAUAUGAUUUCGGAUUCUUGGUAAAAAUUUUGUCCCAACAAAAAUUGCCGAAUGACCUGUCACGUUUCUUGCAAUUGGUGCGGUUGUAUUUUGGUACAAAGGUGUUUGACAUGAAGCAGAUAAUGGGACUUCAUCAGGUUCACGGCGGUCUUGAGAGGGUGGCGAAAAGUUUGAACGUUGAAAGAAUGGCGGGAAAAAGCCACCAGGCAGGUUCCGAUAGCUUGCUUAUGAUGCAGACUUUUAUCCAGCUGAAGAAGAUUUAUUUCAAUGGUCCGAGAAAAGAGUUGCUGAGUGGGUUUAGUUGCAAGUUACAUGGACUAGCCACAAAUUAA